UUUUUUUUUUUAAUGUUGUCAGAUUUAAUUUACAGUGAACCCGUGUUCCUAUUAAAUUAAUUAAUUAAUAAGUAACUUACACCAACCCGUUUGUCACUUUUAUCUGUUUAACUAAACGUUUUUACGUUUCCGGUUAGCACUGUAUGCAAGCUCUCUCACUGGACAAAAGUAAGUGUUAGAUCAAAAUUACACGACAGUGUGGGACUUCAGUUCUUUCACAGAAACAUGGCCGCAGAAAGCUCCGCUGAGGACUACCCUCACGAGAUCGAUGAGCAGCUCACGGGCUUCGACUCCUCGGUUAAUUCAGUCAAAACCAUGUUGGAGAAGUUGAUGUCGAUGCCCAGAAAUGACCUGCUGCAAAAGCUGGAUCCUUUGGAUCAAGCCAAGCUGGAUCUGAUGUCUGCCUACACCCUUAAUUCAUUAUUCUGGAUGUACUUGGUAACGCAAGGAGUCAAUCCCAGAGAACAUGGAAUCAAACAGGAAUUAGAGCGAAUAAGGACGUAUAUGAACAGAGUGAAGGAGAUCACUGACAAGAAAAAAGCUGCCCGCCUGGAUAAGAACGCUGCUGCACGCUUUGUCAGGAGUGCUCUUUAUGAUCCAGAUGAUAAGGAUUCUAGAAAGAAAGCAGCAGACACAGCUUCUAAAGCCCCUCCAUCAAAGCGUCCGAGGCAGAAAUGAAAUGAAGCACGAGCUGCAGAGUGUGGUCGCAGUGACACGAGCACCGCUUUUAAGGGUGAUGAACACUGAAGUACAGUAGUUUGCUCAUAAGCCAUAUUUGAAGGCUAAGGUUGUCUGGUCAACCAUUAGACAAGACAGCAGGACAGAACUGUGAUUCAAAUGAGUUACACAGCAGUCAGGAUCUUAGCUUGUAGUCAUGGAUUUUGUCAACAUUGCCCUGCAAAUUUAAGCAUUUUACAAGCAAAAGAGUGUAAUUAGUACCUUUGAGCCUUUAUCUUGGAUGCUUUUGUAUUUUGUUGCUGGCAGCUGCUCUGAUUUGAUACAUAUGUUGUAAUGUUCUUGUAAUGUUACAUUGUUAUAAAAUCUUUGUAUUUUGAAAAAGUGGUUCAAUGAAUCAAAAGGUUUUUUUUUUUUGUUUUU